GCCCCGGAGGAGGGGCCGCGCCAAAAGCGGCCUCUCGGCGGAGCUGGCCGGUGGGCGGGUAGCGGUGUUUGUUCUGCCCUUGCAGGGGUAGCGGCGCGGAACUGUUGAGGGGCUUCUCAGUCGGGUGUCCCCAGCCGCGCUGAGACCCCGCUCCGGAGGGAGAUGGUGGGCUUGUGCGUGGUGGUUUGGCUGCAGGAGCACCGGCCCCAGGGAGGCUGAGGUCGCCCUGGGCCACUGGCCCUCGCCACCGGCUCCCGCGGCAGCCGCGGUCGGUCUCUGGCCCGGGGGCCGUGCGGAGCCCCUGCCCGGCGCCACCGUCUCGCUGGGAGCGGCGUGGCCCGGCACAACCAGCCAAGCUCACAGCGUACGUGUGGCAGGGGCGCUCAGCGUUGCCCUCUGUAGAGAAAUCAGGCUUUCAGUCCGGAUCGUAAAACCCAAACUUAAGUGUGCGAUGUCCUGUCAGCUCACCAAAGCUUACGAAUUUGUAUUGCGUACAACUAAGGAGCUAUUGUGUUUCUACCAAUGCCACUUUGGCAAUAGGCUCUGUUUUUUUGGGAACUCUGACAUAGCUGUUGUAAGGCAAACACAUCAUGAGCCGGAUGAACUGUGGGAUGCUGUUCUCUGCUGUGCUUUUGUAUGUUAACAGAAACCUCGCUGCUGCGGCGCAGUGAUGGCAGUAACACUGCCCUAACCCAGAGAUACUACAGAAUUCAGGAGGAGAGAACACCUAUAGGUUAUUUCCUUUUUUAUAAGUUAUUUUAUCUGAGAUAAAGAAAAGCAUUGAUAUAAGCCUCUCAAAUACGGCAGUCACCUACUUGCUGUGUCAGCAAUAUGUCUGAAAGAAAAGGCAUGCUCUGUAACCUACAUUUCAAAGGUCAGAGUGCUACUGCUCCAGACUUCUGAAAAUCACAGUUCGAGGCAGCAUCAUGGCUGUUUUGAAGAUCUGGUCUGUUUUGCUGGUUAUACUAUGCCAUUUCUGCAAAAGAUGUAGCCUGAGUGGCAUUUCAACACAUGUUGAAAUAGCACAUAGAGCUCUGGAAUUUUUCAUUAAGCAUGAAGGGAAUGUUAAUUAUAGACAGUUAUUACUAAACCACCAAGAUGCAUUUCAGGCUGGGAGCAUUUAUCCUGAUGCCUUUUAUCCUCCAAUCUGCAAAAGUGGAAUAUUCCAUGAUGUGUCAGAAGACACUCACUGGUCACCAUUUCUCAAUGCAAGUAUUCACUACAUCAGAAGGAAUUAUCCUCAGCCUUGGGAAGAGGCUACGGAGAAGCUGGUGGCUUUCCUGUUCGGAAUCGCCUCACAUAUGGUGGCAGAUGUUAGCUGGCAUAGCCUGGGCAUCGACCAAGGAUUUCUAAAGGCCAUGGGAGAAAUUGAUUUUCAUGGUUCAUACUCAGAAGCUCACAAUGUUGGUGAUUUUGGAGGAGAUGUAUUGAGUCAGUUUGAACUGGACUUCAGUUAUCUGGCAUCAAAAUGGUAUGUACCUGUCAAAGACCUAGCAGCUAUUUAUAAGGAAUUUUAUGGAAGAGAGAUCAUAACUGAAAGCACAAUUACUGACUGUACUUACCUGCUGUUUCUUGAACUGCAUGGAGAAAGGCUUGCUGUUGCCAAGCUUUUUCCAACAUAUGCUAUUAAAUCUCCGUUUCUGGUGGAGAAGUUUCAUGAAUAUUUCCUUGGAGGAGUGGAUGACAUGGCGUUCUGGACAAACAAUAUUUUUGAGCUGACAAGCCAUAUGCUAGAGAAUGGAACCAGUGGCUGCUUCCUGCCCGAGAACCCUCUGUUUAUAAACUGCACAAGAGAACACAAGGGCAACUAUGUCAGAAACAAGCAAUCAAAACAUGAACAUCAAAAGAAUGCAACUUCUUUGCUUACAAAAACACUUGAAAAGAAUAUAAAUUAUACAGAGAGAGGAGUUCACUUCGACAUACAGUCUUGGGCAACAAAUUCCCUCCACUUGAUAAAACGUGCCUUUACAACCUAUGCCUGGAGAAUGUUAGCAGCUACACAUCAGAAAUCUUCUAAGCACAUCUCCAAACCCACAGCUUCAUAUUUUCUGACUACACCUUAUGCUAGACUUGGAUGGGCAGUGGUCUCAGCUGAUCUAAACCAGGAUGGAUAUGGAGAUCUGGUGGUUGGAGCACCAGGGUACAGCACACUGGGCCGUGUUCAGAUAGGACGGGUGUACGUGGUCUAUGGAAACCAGUCAGGUUUGCCACCAGAGGACAUGAAUCUAGAUGGGAAAGCCGAUCAAAUACUACAGGGUUAUCAGCCUUCAGGAAGAUUUGGUUCUGCCUUGGCAGUCCUGGACUUCAAUGAGGAUGGAGUGCCAGAUCUGGCCAUUGGAGCACCUUCUGUGGGAUCUCAGUUUCUUACUUACAAAGGUGCGGUGUAUGUCUAUUUUGGCACAGAAGGAAGAGGCUUGGCAUCUCAGCCAAAUAUUACCAUAACUUGUCAGUAUUCCUACUGUAAUCUUGGUUGGUCCCUCCUGGCAGCUGAUGUUGAUGGGGAUGGAAAUGCUGAUCUGGUUGUGGGCUCUCCAUAUGCACCUGGUGGUGGGCAGCAGAGAGGAUUUGUGGUUGCAUUUUACUCUUAUUUCAACAGGAGUGACCAAGGACUUCUGUCAGUGCAGGAUGCCAACUGGAUGGUGAAGGGGGACGAAAAUUAUGCUUGGUUUGGAUUUUCACUUGACAGCUGCCAGCUGGAGAACAAAACAUUACUACUGAUUGGUAGCCCUACCUGGAAGAGUUGUGCUGGCUGCAAUCCCUUCCCAUCGGAUGUCGGGCAGAGUGUUGGGAAGGUCUAUGGGUAUAACCCACCAAGCAUAGAGCGCUGGUUCGCCGUAACUGGAGACAAGGCGAUGGGCAGAAUGGGUUUGUCUCUGGCCAGUGGUGUGAUGUCUGUGGCUGGGAUCACAAGGACAGUUUUGGUGGUGGGUGCACCUACUGCAGAUAGCCUGUCGAGGAUUUCAUUUAUAACCUCAGUGCUGCACCAGGCUGGACUGGCGCUGGUGUAUGACCUGACAGACAGCACCAAGCCUUCUUUGCUCAGCACAUUCAGUGGGGACAGGAGGUUUUCUCGUUUUGGAGGAGAUGUAUUCUUAAGUGACCUGGACAAUGAUGGACUAGAUGAAAUGAUUGUGACAUCCCCACUCCGAACUAAUGACGCCACCACAAUACUGUUUGGUGGGACAGCUGGCUACGUUUACAUUUACAAUGGGAAGCAGGCGUCCUCAGGGAAUGUGACAGGCCACUGCAAAUCAUGGACAUCUCCCUGUCCUGAGGAAUGGGCACAGUAUGUUCUGAUUUCUCCUGAGGAACUAUCAAGAUUUGGGAGUUCUGUUAUCACUGUCAAAUCUGCAAGAAAGAAAGAAGUUGUAGUGGCAGCAGAGAGAAGUUCGGCGAAAGCUCGGCUUGGUGGAAGGCUUUUUGUCUACUCGCUCUGAAAGUUCAUGGGAGCCUUUAAAAAGAGGGCACAGCUGGUAUUACAGUGAAGAAUCUCUGUAGUAUCGGUGGUACUUACCUUAACCCAGACAAACCAACAGAGACACAUGACAGCAAACUUUUGAUAGACAGAUGACACAGAUAGGUAGGUAGGCUGCUAGGUAGUAUUAAGGGAGGGAAUGAUGGUCACUGUUUUUAAGUGAACGGGAAUAUAAGCAUUCAUGGUGGUUCGACUUACAAACCAACCAAAGCUAUGUCAGUCAUGUAGAAGUGGAAAUUAAUUCUCUUGCAAGCAGUAGCAUCGCUUCACCUAGAACAAACCUGAGGCUGAAAUGAGCAGAGGCUGGAUUUUGGUAGUAGUAUUUGGCUGUAUGAGGAAUGUUCAGUGGUCACCUUCUUUGCUGGUCAGAGUAUUUUCUUGACAAAACCAGGAAAUAAUAGCACGUAAUUUACAACUCCUUGUAGACUGUGAUUAAGAUAGGGAUUCUAAGCAAUCAAAAAUUGCUGUAAAAAUAAGAAGCAUGGAGGAGUGGCAGCUCUAAGCCAGACAAAAAGGUGGGUGCCAAUCAGGACUGCCUCUGUCUCUAGCAAGUCUUGGGGGCCACCACAUUCACGUUGUAGAACAGCUGGGAUCUCCCAGGAAGAAAAGCACAAACAAGACUGGUUAACAUUUGGGAAGUGCUCUUGCUUUUGCACCAUGGCUGAAACUACUCUGAUACCCUUUGCUUGUGUUUUCAUGUACAAUUCCAUGACUAUGGUAACUUAGAAUUGUUAACAGAUUUUAUUGUUAACAGUAUUGUCUUCAACUAAUUAACGCUAGUUUUGUAUGAUGCAGGUUUAACAGUGUUUAUCAAUUACCUAUUAAACAACUUGAGCAGCAA